CUCCAUGCAUUAUGGCGAGAUCGGUGGGAGAAGGGUUCAAUUUAUUAGUGUUCAUAGUUUUUUUACAUUUAGUUUUUCCUUUAUUAUGUAAUUCUGAAACCUGCACGAAAAUAAACUCUUGCGUUUGUAAAUUUAGUAAUGGAUCUGUGAUAAACUUAACUCCUCUUGCAUCUAAAGAUACAGCACGGUGGCGAGACAAAGCUACUUCAACUAAUGACACCUACAGGUAUUUCUACAACCCUUGCUUUGACUUCAAGGAAGGUCCUGCAGAUAGUCCUCUAGAGGACUGCUCUACUGAAGUAGCAGCUUGCCAAGUUAGUCCUGACCAUAAAUUAUACUACAAUCUGGGAAACCAGGCAAGUGCCCAGUUUCACUGGAAUAAUACUGGCAAUGUUUUACAGUUAGUUUACCAAGCUCCACACACAAGAAAGCAAACAAAUGUGACGUUAGUGUGUUCUAGUGAGUCGUCAAGUCCUAAACUUGAUGUUUUGGGUGAAAUUAACUCUGGAUCUGAGCACUAUGUGUUUAAUCUGAUUACCAAAUGUGCCUGUCCUGAUGGAUGUCCUCUAACGAGCCCCCAUACUGAUAGAGGUCUCUCAACAGGAUCCGUUCUCAUUCUAAUAUUUUUCAUAUUCUUAACCAUUUAUGUAAUUGGAUAA